UAUAAAUGGCUCGUGACCGCAGAUGAGCAGUAUCAUUCGUUUGUGAUCGUUCACCGGAUUUGGUAGUGCAGAGAUAGGUGGAAUUGGGAUCAGUAUGAAGAGAUUUGUUGUGUUGUCAAUGGCUUUGGCCAUUACUUUCGGAGCAGCCAUUGAUAAGCCUGCGAUGGAAGUGGACACCAAACAGGAGGCGGAACCAAUGCAGGAAAGCAAAGUACAGGAAAAACGAGGACUAAGUGAUUACGCACAUGGGCAUGGAUACUCGCAUCAACCUGAAAUUAUGAGCGGAUUCCAACCAUCUUAUACAUAUGAAGCCCCUGCAAGCUUCGAAGACUACAAGCAUCAGUCCUUCGAGCAGAUGUCCUACGACUGGAACGAUCAGAAGCACACCAUCAUCACCAAAAAAGUUCCAGUUCCUUACAAAGUGGAAGUGGAGAAGCACACAAUUAUUGAAAAGAAAGUUCCUGUUCACGUAGAUCGUCCAGUUCCAUACCGAGUGGAAGUGGAGCGUAAGGUCCCAGUUUACGUCGAAAAGAAGGUCAAAGUGCACGUCGAUCGUCCAGUUCCGUACCCAGUGAAGGUGCCAUACCCAGUUGAGGUUGAAAAGAAAGUCCCAGUAUACGUAGAGAAGAAGGUCCACGUUGAUCGUCCGGUCCCAUACCCUGUCGAAGUUGAGAAAAAAGUUCCAGUCUAUGUCGAGAAAAAGGUUCCAGUCCACGUCGAUCGCUUCGUGCCAUACCCCGUAGAAGUCAAGGUUCCAGUAGUCCAUAAAGUAGAAGUGGAAGUGCCGAAGCCAUACGCUGUCCAUGUCCCAAAACCAUAUCCGGUGUACGUAGAAAAGCAAGUCAUCAAACACGUUGAUCGUCCAGUGCGCGUAGAAGUAGAGAAGAAAGUUCAAGUUCCGGUUGUUCACAAAGUUGAAGUUCCAAAACCCUACGCAGUGAUCAUCGAAAAGCCCGUGCUGGUUGAAAAGAAACACAACCACCAUGAUCACGAAGAUGCUCAUGAACAGCACGUUUAUGUACAGCAAAAACCAGUUACCCUGAAGCUGACCGGAUACACCUCCGAAGCAGCCCAUGAGGGACAUAACGAUAACGAUGACCAUCACACCAACGAAAAGCACAUUGUGCAAUAUCAAAUCCAUCAAUCGUCUCAUCCAGUUGCUGAGCGAGUGGUUCAGCACAAGGAUGAGCACGAUGAUAGCGAAGAGCGUCACCAUGAUGCCGCUCAUUAUCAUCAACAGAAGCAGCGCGUAGAGUACCGCCAUCAUGAUGAUAAUGACCAUCAGGAAUACCACGAGGAACACCAUCAUGUUCCAAGCCAUCACAAGCGUGAGUCCAACAAACAGUAGGAUGUUGAGCUCGAACUGUUCCUUCUCUAGUCUAUCCGUGUAGAAUGCACUGAACUUUUUGCAAGAAUUUAGAAUGAUACCUUUGAUAACAAUUACUGUUGUUGAUAAAUACUGUUGAUAAAUGUGA